CGCCUGAGGAGUGUCCGGCCGAACCAUAAAUCUCUUGGCGACUUGUGUGGCGGGAAAAGAGACCUAGGUUUUUCGAUCGGGUUGUUUGGAGAGGGGAAAGAGCGGGGGGAGAGAAGCAGAGGGAGCACCGAUGGCGGAGGAGAAAGAGAAAGGACCGGUGGUUCCGGCAGUGGAAGUAGAAGACCUGCCGAAGACUAUCGUGCGCCGGCUAGUGAAAGAAAAGCUCUCACAGCUCUCCAGGGACGGCGAAAUGUCCCUUCUUCGCGACGCUCUUCAAGCCUUCACCGAGAGCGCCCGCAUCUUCAUCCACUACCUGUCUGCUGCUGCAAAUGAUAAUUGCAUGGAGUCUAAAAGGCAAACAAUGAAUGCUGAAGAUGUAUUCAAGGCUCUUGAAGAUAUAGAGUUUAGUGAAUUUGUAGGACCUCUCAGAGCUUCUCUUGAAGAGUUCAGACUGAAAAAUUCUAAAAGGAAGGCGGUAUCUUCUAAGCCGGUGGAAUCCAACAAAAAGAGCAAGGGGGAAGGAAAACAUGCCGAAAAUGGUAAGAUGAAAGGGAAACAGGACCCUACGGAUAACCCAAAGGGUAAGCACAAAAAAACUGCAGUGGAUGGAGAUGGUGCAGGAAAGGCACUAAUAGUUGAAAGCGAAGAGAAAGAUGGUCAAGAAACCAAUGGAAGUGAAAAAGAAGAAGACGGAGAAGAAGAAGGAGAAGAAGAAGAAGAACAAGAAGAAGAAGAAGAAAAACAAGAAGAAGAAGAAGAAGAGCACAGUAGAGGCGACAGUGUUGAUGAAGAAGAAGGCAAUGCAAGCGACGACAGUGGUGACGAUUGAAGAGAUAUUGCAUAAAACUAUAACUGAUGAAGGAGGCACGUUUUGAUCUCUUUCACAUUCCCCUGUAAUGGAUGCCCUGCUCAUGUAAAGAGAUCAUACCUAAGUUAUUUACAGUUUUGGAUUUUU